ACAUUACGCAAUCCGGCGUUUUGUGUCAAAUUGUGUCAGUGUCUGAUUAAUCAAACGCCGUGUGCUGCGUUGAUUAUUUCGUGACGUAGAUUUUAUAUUAAUUACCAUUUGAAUUCCCUUUUCCAUUAUCGGGAUUCGGGAGUGUGCCUGUGCCUUCGAUUAGUGGUUAAAAAAAGUUAAAACUAACAUGGCCGCCACGAACAACCCCUAUGAUCAUCUGCUGAAAACGAUUGAGAUCGACGGCAAACAGUUCAAGUAUUAUGACGUCACCGGCCUUGGGGAGAAAUAUGACCGUCUCCCCUACUCCGUAAGAGUACUCCUGGAGUCCUGUGUGAGGAACUGCGAUGGUUUCCAAGUGCUGCAGAAAGAUGUCCAGAAUGUCCUGGAGUGGGAGACCAACCAGGCUGUCGAGGGUGGCGUUGAGAUCGCUUUCAAACCCGCCAGGGUGAUUCUACAGGAUCUCACAGGUGUACCAGCUGUAGUAGACUUCGCAGCUAUGCGUGAUGCUGUAAAGGAUCUCGGCGGAGACCCUCAGAAGAUCAACCCCAUAUGCCCGGCUGAUCUUGUCAUCGACCACUCUGUGCAAGUCGAUUUCGCUAGGAGCCCAGACGCUUUGAACAAGAAUCAAGAAUUGGAAUUCGAGAGGAACAAGGAACGGUUCCAGUUCCUCAAGUGGGGAGCCCAGGCCUUCGACAACAUGCUGAUCGUACCACCCGGCUCUGGAAUUGUACAUCAGGUGAACUUGGAAUACUUAGCUCGCGUGGUCUUCAGUAAGGACCUGCUUCAUCCUGACUCCGUGGUUGGCACCGACAGUCAUACUACCAUGAUCAACGGGCUCGGCGUCGUUGGAUGGGGUGUAGGCGGAAUCGAAGCGGAAGCAGUAAUGUUGGGGCAGGCAAUCAGCAUGUUGCUACCUAAAGUGGUUGGAUACAAGCUCGUCGGGGAACUGAACCCGCUAGCCACAUCUACUGAUCUAGUGCUUACUAUCACCAAGGUGGUAGAACUAGACCUGUCGACUGUAGUGACAUCUGUGAGCGGACCGAAGCGCCCUCAAGACAGAGUCUCCGUGUCCGUUAUGAAGAAGGACUUCCAAGACUGUUUGACGAACAAAGUCGGCUUCAAAGGUUACGGGCUAUCGCCAGCGAACCUCUCAGCAUCAGGUAGCUUCAGCUACAGCGAUGGCAAGACUUAUUCCAUCACACACGGCUCCGUCAUCAUAGCGGCCAUCACAUCCUGCACCAAUACUUCUAACCCUAGCGUAAUGUUGGGCGCUGGUCUCCUAGCUAAGAAGGCUGUGGAGAAUGGUCUCAGCGUGCUCCCGUAUAUCAAGACCUCUCUGUCACCUGGAUCUGGAGUCGUCACCUAUUAUCUUAGGGAAUCCGGCGUCGUACCGUACCUCGAGAAGCUCGGCUUCAACAUAGUCGGGUAUGGAUGUAUGACGUGCAUCGGGAACUCUGGACCAAUCGAUGAUAACAUUGCCAAUACUAUUGAGAAGAAUGAACUUGUAUGCUGCGGCGUCCUCUCCGGCAACCGUAACUUCGAGGGUCGCAUCCAUCCCAACACGCGAGCUAACUACCUCGCCUCGCCACUACUCGUCAUUGCGUACGCGCUCGCCGGAACUGUGGACAUUGACUUUGAAACUCAGCCGUUGGGUACUCGUGCUGACGGUACUCCGGUAUAUUUGCGUGAGAUCUGGCCCACGCGCGCUGAAAUACAAGAGGUCGAGAACAAACAUGUUAUUCCUGGGAUGUUCAAGGAGGUCUACGCUAAGAUCGAGCUAGGCUCUCCAUCCUGGCAAGCUCUGGACGUGCCUCAGGGCAAGCUGUAUGGCUGGGACCCGAACUCCACAUACAUCAAGAAACCACCAUUCUUCGAUGGUAUGACCAGGGGCCUGAACCCUCGUCAAGGCGUCCACAACGCCCGUUGCCUGCUCCUGCUGGGUGACUCGGUGACCACUGACCAUAUCUCUCCAGCUGGAUCUAUCGCUAGGAACUCUCCUGCUGCACGGUUCUUGGCUGAUAGAGGUCUAACUCCCCGAGAAUUCAAUUCGUACGGUUCCCGUCGCGGCAACGACGCAGUGAUGUCCCGCGGCACGUUCGCGAACAUUCGGCUCGUCAACAAGAUGGCGCCCACCGCCGGACCUAAGACCACGCACCAUCCCAGCGGGGAUGUCAUGGAUAUAUUCGACGCUGCUGACAGAUACGCCUCCGAGAAUGUUCCCCUCAUCGCAGUGGUUGGCAAGGACUAUGGCUCAGGUUCGAGUCGUGACUGGGCCGCCAAGGGACCUUAUUUACUUGGUAUCCGGGCAGUGAUAGCGGAAUCGUUCGAGCGCAUCCAUCGCUCCAACCUGGUCGGUAUGGGCAUCAUCCCGCUACAGUUCCUAGAUGGACAGAACGCUGACACCUUUGGACUGAACGGCAGUGAAGUGUUCAGCAUUGAUCUACCCGAGAAUAUUACGCCGGGACAGAUUAUUACUGUACAGGUGGACAACGGCACAACAUUCCAAGUAAAAGUACGUUUCGACACGGAAGUCGACCUCACUUACUUCAAGAACGGAGGCAUCCUCAACUACAUGAUCAGAAAGAUGUUGUAAAACCAUAUGACAUAAUAUGUCAUAUUGUAAAAUCAUAUGACAAAUGACAUAAUGUCAUAUUGUAAAAUCAUAUGACAAAUGACAUAAUGUCAUAUUGUAAAAUCAUAUGACAAAUGACAUAAUGUCAAGUGUCCUUGACAUAAUGUCAUAUUGUCAUAUGAUGUUAAACGAUCACAAUAGGGAUGAUGACGGGAUGAAAAUUAAAAAUAUAAUUAGUCCGUCAGUUAGGUAAUGAAAUAAUAUUAGA